AUGGAGGAAAUUUACGACGUUGUUGUUAUUGGUGCUGGAAUAUUUGGAUCAUGUGCUGCAUAUCACUGUCAAAAAAAAGGAUUAAAGACGCUCCUAGUUGAACAGUUUGCCCUCGGACACAUAAAUGGAAGUUCUCAUGGCCGUUCACGAAUAAUUCGCUACGCACACGCCGAUCCUCACUAUGUACCACUAGUGCAUGACACUUAUCAACAAAUCGCACAUUUAGAGAAGGAAACGGAAGAAACGUUAUGGCGGCAAACUGGAUUAUUGUGGGCUUCAAAAACUGCAAAAAUAGAUUCCAUAUCACAGAUUUUAAGCAACUUCAAUAUUAAGCAUGAAAAAAUUAAAGGAGAAGAGGUGGCUUCACGAUAUCCACAGUUCACCUUCGACAGCGAUUGGGCAGCCUUAAUAGAUCCAAUGGGAGGUAUUUUGUACGCUGAUAAAUGGUUGCGCAUAUUUCAGGAUAGAUUUCUCAAACUCGGAGGAAAAAUACGCGAAAAAGAAGAAGUUUUCUGUUACAGCGAGGUCAGCGAAGAGAUCAUAGAACUUCGGACCUCGAAGGGUUUGCUUCAUUCGAAGAAAGCGAUCUUCACUGUUGGGCCAUGGAUUAAAGAAAUAUUUCCUCAAGCUCCACUGAGGAUACAGCCGGAAUCGAUAGCUGUAUGUUACUGGAGGACAAUUCGUUCCGAAGACACACCACUAUUGGAGUGCGACAAAUUCCCAGUAUUUAUUGUGUCUGGCAGUUCCGCUUUACCUCAAGGUUUUUUUGGUCUACCUUCACAUGACUACGAUGGAUGCGCGAAGAUUUGCUUCCACAGUGGAGAACACACAGAUGGACCCAACCACCCAGAUGUCGUUUCACAGGAAUUCAUCGAUCGCCCUGCUGAGUUCAUAAGGAAUCACAUCCCAAUUAUUGAUUUUACACAGCCUGUUCAAGUCGACAAAUGCAAAUAUACUAUGUCAGAGGACAAUCAUUAUGUUGUCGGAUACUAUCCUGGUUCUAAAAAGGUGCUGAUUGGAGGAUGUGGUUCUGGAAGUGGUUUUAAAGUUGCUCCUGGCAUAGGAAGGAUUUUGGCAGAAAUGGCUGCGGAUGAAAAGCCAUCAAUCGAUGUCUCUUUCUUCGGAUUUGACAGAUUCUCGAAAAAAUCUGUUUGA